UUAUUAUAAACUCCAAAGCUUACACUUCUGAGGAGAAGAAGAAGCAGAGCCCAAGCUCUGAAACAGAGCCGAAUUGAGGCAGUAAGAGGGCCUGAAAUCGACAUUUUUUUAAUUCUUUGUUGGGUUGAGCUUGAAUUUUCCGGCAAUGGCGUCUCUGGUGUCGUCGCCGUUCACAAUUUCUACCGCCAAGAAGCAGUACUUCCUCCACUCCUUUCUCCCCAGGAAAGCCAACUCACAGAACUUCAGAGCGCCGGCGCGGCUCAAAUGCGCCGCGAUUGGCAACGGCCUAUUCACCCAGACCACGCAGGAGGUCCGGCGAAUCGUCCCUGAAAAAGUCCCCGGCGUCCCCACCGUCAAGAUCGUCUACGUCGUCCUCGAAGCCCAGUACCAAUCAUCCCUCUCCGCCGCCGUCCUGUCCCUCAACCAAUCCGACAACUUCGCUUCAUUCGAGGUCGUCGGCUACCUCGUCGAAGAGCUCCGAGACGACAACACCUACCAAUCCUUCUGCAAAGACCUGGAAGACGCCAACGUGUUCAUCGGCUCGCUAAUCUUCGUGGAAGAGCUUGCUCUGAAGAUCAAGUCGGCGGUUGAGAAAGAGAGGGACAGGCUCGACGCGGUCUUGGUGUUCCCUUCAAUGCCCGAAGUAAUGAGGCUCAACAAAUUGGGUUCCUUCAGCAUGUCCCAAUUGGGCCAAUCAAAGAGCCCCUUUUUCCAGCUCUUCAAGAGGAAGAAGCAAUCGGCGGGCUUCGCCGACAGCAUGCUGAAGCUGGUGAGGACGUUGCCAAAGGUUCUCAAGUACUUGCCUAGCGACAAGGCUCAGGACGCCAGGCUCUACAUCCUCAGUUUGCAGUUUUGGCUCGGCGGGUCGCCGGAUAAUUUGGUGAACUUCUUGAAGAUGAUCUCCGGGUCCUACGUUCCGGCUCUGAAAGGGGCGAAGAUCGAGUAUUCGGAUCCGGUUCUGUUCUUGGACAGUGGGGUUUGGCACCCUCUGGCGCCCUGCAUGUAUGAUGAUGUGAAGGAGUACUUGAAUUGGUAUGGGACGAGGAGGGACGCCGACGAGAGGCUCAAGGGGCCGAAUGCGCCGGUAAUUGGACUGAUUUUGCAGAGGAGCCACAUUGUGACCGGUGAUGAGAGCCACUAUGUGGCUGUGAUCAUGGAGUUGGAGGCAAUGGGGGCUAAGGUGAUCCCAAUCUUUGCCGGGGGCCUGGAUUUCUCAGGGCCGGUUGAGCGCUUUUUCAUCGAUCCGGUCACCAAGAGGCCUUUCGUGAACUCGGUGGUGUCACUCACAGGGUUUGCCUUGGUUGGGGGCCCUGCCAGGCAGGAUCACCCCAGGGCUGUCGAGGCCUUGAGCAAGCUUGAUGUGCCUUACAUUGUGGCCCUGCCCUUGGUGUUCCAGACCACAGAGGAGUGGCUCAAUAGCACUUUGGGCUUGCACCCAAUUCAGGUGGCCUUGCAGGUGGCUCUUCCCGAGCUUGAUGGAGGCAUGGAGCCCAUUGUUUUCUCCGGCAGGGAUCCUAGAACAGGGAAAUCACAUGCUCUUCAUAAAAGAGUGGAGCAGCUCUGCACCAGGGCGAUCAAGUGGGCUGAACUCAAGAGGAAGUCAAAGACAGAGAAGAAGCUCGCGAUUACUGUUUUCAGUUUCCCUCCAGACAAGGGGAAUGUUGGAACAGCGGCUUACUUGAAUGUUUUUGCUUCCAUUUUCUCAGUCUUGAAGGACCUCAAGAGAGAUGGUUACAAUGUCGAGGGCCUUCCAGAGACUUCUGAAGCUCUGAUUGAAGAAAUCCUUCAUGAUAAAGAAGCUCAAUUCAGCAGCCCAAAUCUGAACGUGGCCUACAAAAUGGGCGUCAGAGAGUACCAGAAGUUAACUCCCUAUGCCAGAGCACUAGAAGAGAACUGGGGAAAGCCUCCCGGUAAUCUGAACUCUGAUGGGGAGAGCUUGUUGGUCUAUGGAAAGCAGUUUGGAAAUGUUUUCAUCGGUGUGCAGCCGACAUUCGGCUAUGAGGGUGAUCCUAUGCGGCUGCUUUUCUCUAAAUCUGCCAGCCCGCACCAUGGAUUUGCUGCUUACUACUCGUUCGUGGAGAAGAUCUUCAAAGCUGAUGCUGUUCUUCAUUUUGGCACUCACGGUUCGCUUGAAUUCAUGCCUGGAAAGCAGGUGGGGAUGAGCGAUGUCUGUUACCCCGACAGCCUGAUUGGGAACAUUCCCAAUGUAUACUAUUAUGCCGCCAACAACCCAUCUGAAGCCACCAUAGCAAAGCGUCGAAGCUAUGCCAAUACCAUCAGCUAUUUGACUCCUCCGGCUGAAAAUGCUGGGCUCUACAAGGGCCUCAAGCAGCUCAGCGAGCUGAUCUCAUCUUACCAAUCUCUCAAAGACACUGGUCGUGGACAACAGAUCGUUAGCUCCAUUAUCAGCACGGCUAAGCAAUGCAAUCUGGACAAGGACGUGGAUCUGCCUGAAGAAGGCGAGGAGAUCUCCGCCAAAGAGCGUGAUCUUGUCGUUGGGAAGGUAUAUUCCAAAAUCAUGGAGAUUGAAUCCAGGCUUUUGCCCUGCGGCCUUCAUGUCAUCGGUGAGCCUCCAUCAGCCAUGGAAGCCGUGGCAACCCUGGUUAACAUCGCUGCUUUAGACCGCCCUGAAGAUGAAAUUUCCUCGCUCCCAGCAAUAUUAGCUGAGACAGUUGGAAGAGAUAUAGAGGAUGUUUACAGAGGCAAUGACAAGGGUAUCUUGAAAGAUGUUGAAUUGCUUCGCCAAAUCACUGAGGCAUCCCGGGGAGCCGUCUCUGCAUUUGUGGAGCGAACGACAAACAAGAAGGGUCAAGUUGUUGAUGUAGCCGACAAGCUUACCUCGAUCCUUGGCUUUGGUGUGAACGAACCAUGGAUCCAGUAUCUGUCAAGCACUAAGUUUUACAGGGCUGAUAGGGACAAACUUAGAACCUUAUUUGCAUUCUUGGGGGAGUGCUUGAAGCUCGUCGUGCAAGACAACGAGCUGGGAAGUUUGAAACAAGCCUUGGAGGGAAAAUACGUGGAACCGGGUCCUGGUGGGGAUCCAAUUAGGAACCCCAAGGUGCUGCCAACCGGAAAGAACAUUCAUGCUCUGGACCCGCAAGCUAUUCCAACAACAGCUGCACUGCAGAGUGCAAAGAUCGUGGUGGAUAGGCUACUCGAGAGGCAGAAGGCCGAGAAUGGAGGGAAGUACCCCGAGACGGUUGCUCUGGUACUUUGGGGAACCGAUAACAUUAAGACUUAUGGCGAGUCUUUGGCUCAAGUUAUGUGGAUGAUUGGCGUGCGGCCAGUAGCUGAUACGUUUGGCCGAGUCAACCGAGUGGAACCCGUAAGCCUGGAAGAACUUGGAAGGCCAAGAAUUGAUGUUGUUGUUAACUGCUCUGGAGUAUUCAGAGACCUAUUCAUCAAUCAGAUGAAUCUCCUGGACAGGGCUGUGAAGAUGGUGGCUGAGCUAGACGAGCCAGAAGAUGAGAACUACGUCAGGAAACACGCGCUAGAACAAGCUGAAUCUCUCGGUAUCGGGGUCAGGGAAGCUGCAACCAGGGUGUUCUCCAACGCCUCAGGCUCAUACUCCUCCAACAUAAACCUGGCCGUUGAGAAUUCUUCAUGGAAUGAUGAGAAGCAGCUCCAAGACAUGUACUUGAGCCGCAAGUCCUUUGCCUUCGACUGUGAUGCUCCCGGGGCUGGCAUGACCGAGAAACGCAAAGUUUUCGAGAUGGCUCUCAGCACAGCUGACGCCACCUUCCAGAACCUCGACUCGUCAGAGAUUUCCCUCACCGACGUGAGCCAUUACUUUGAUUCAGACCCCACCAACCUGGUGCAGAACCUCAGGAAGGAUGGUAAGAAGCCUAAUGCAUACGUUGCAGACACAACCACUGCCAAUGCACAGGUACGGACGCUGUCUGAGACUGUGCGGCUUGAUGCUCGAACCAAGCUACUGAACCCCAAGUGGUACGAGGGGAUGAUGUCAACCGGCUAUGAGGGAGUACGCGAGAUUGAGAAGAGGCUUACCAACACGGUAGGCUGGAGCGCGACCUCUGGCCAAGUCGACAACUGGGUGUACGAGGAGGCCAACACCACCUUCAUCCAAGACGAGGAAAUGCUGAACCGGCUCAUGAGCACCAACCCCAACUCUUUCAGGAAGCUGGUGCAGACAUUCUUGGAGGCCAACGGCCGCGGCUACUGGGAAACUUCUUCUGAGAACAUUGAGCGGUUGAGGCAGUUGUACUCAGAAGUUGAAGACAAGAUCGAGGGGAUUGACCGUUGAAAUUUUGUUAACAUUCUUCUUCCUUUUCCUUCUCAGGAGUGCAAACGACGAUACAUUGUAACUGUCCUGCUUGUGCAAUGAAUAUGAACUUGAUCCCGGUUCCCCCCUUGUAAUUUCAUUCCUUUUGGGGGCUUUGUUUUCUGUUCACUUGUAACUCAUCAGAUGCUGAUCCUGGAAAUGUUCAAAGUGCAGUAAUUGUUCA